UGCUGCGCUGCGGGACGGUGUUGUGUCUUAGGCUGGGUUGUGCGUGUGGCCGACGGGCUGGGCUGUGGCGCGUAGAGGGUUUUAUUGUUACCUUUGUUUGCUUUCAACGAGAGCGAGGAGAGCACGGGCGCGCCGCCGCGGAUGAGCAGGACGUGUCCAGCCCCGGCAGCGCAGCAUGGCGUAUCAGCUGUAUAGGAACACCACGCUGGGAAACAGCCUGCAGGAGAGUCUGGAUGAGCUCAUACAGUCACAGCAAAUCACACCUCAGUUGGCCCUUCAGGUGCUACUUCAGUUUGAUAAAGCUAUAAAUGCAGCACUGGCACAGCGAGUCAGGAACAGAGUCAAUUUCAGGGGGUCUCUGAACACAUACAGAUUCUGUGACAAUGUCUGGACGUUUGUACUGAAUGACGUGGAAUUUAGGGAGGUCACCGAACUUGUGAAAGUGGAUAAAGUGAAAAUUGUAGCAUGUGAUGGAAAAAACACUGGCUCCAAUACUGCAGAAUGAAUAGACCUGUGGCUUGUCUGCAAUAUUUUCUGUUAAUAUGCAGCACUUUCUGGAGAGAAGUAUGGAAAGGGACUGAUCAUACUCAAUUCUUGUGAUGCAGAUGUGAGUUAAUCCAUAGGAGAAAGCAUCACAGAAUGACAGUGGAAGAAAUACCUGUAGCAUUUCUUCAUUUCACCUUAUAGGGCAUGAAUACAAUGUUACCUUCUUUUUAAUUACAAGAGAUACUGUUGUCUUUUUU